GCUAGCGAACGGCACGAGAAGUGAGGAUGGAAGGGUACCUGCUGGGGAGGACCAAGAGGAGGGAUCACCUGCUGCUCAUGGACAGCGCCGGCGCAGUGCAGUCGCCGCAGACGCCGGUGGAGCCCAUGGAGUUCCUGUCGCGGUCAUGGAGCGUCUCCGCGUCGGACCUAUCCAAGGUGUUGGCGGUCGGCGGCGGGAGGCGGAGCUCCAACUUCGUCGUCGAUCGGCUCUCCGGGAUGCUCAUGCCGGAGAUGCUCGCGCUCGCCGCCGCUUCUGGCACCAACAGCCCCAAAAAGCGUACUUGCAGGAGCAGGAGCGCCAUCUCCGCGCACCAUCGUACGAUCGGCAGGUGGUUCCACCACAAGGACGGUGGUAGCAGGGUGGACAAGGCCCGUGCUGAGCGGGCGCGCGUCCAUGCGGCGGUCUCCGUGGCCAGCGUGGCCGCCGCCGUCGCUGCCCUCGCGGCGGGAGCCGCGAACCCGGAGGACGGAGAGGGCCCUAAGAUGGACGCCGCACUGGCAUCCGCCACGCAGCUUCUGGCCUCGCACUGCAUUGAGUUUGCCGAGCUCGCCGGGGCAGACCACGACCAGGUGGCCUCCGCCGUCGAGGGCGCCGUCGACGUCCGGAGCCCCGGCGAUCUCAUGACCCUCACCGCGGCUGCUGCCACAGCUCUACGAGGAGCAACGGCGCUGAGGCUGAGAGAGCAGCGGGAGGCGAGGAGCAAAGCGGCGGUGGCGCCGUUCGAGAAGGCCGGCAGCUGCGGCGCGGACAUAUGGUGCAAGGAAGGGACGCUCCUCAAGCGCAGCCGGAAAGGCGGCGCUCUGCGCUGGAAGCGAGUGUCCGUGUACAUCAACAAGAGAACGCAGGUGAUCGUGAAGCUCAAGAGCAAGCACAUCGGCGGCGCCUUCUCCAAGAAGAAGAGGAGCGUCGUGUACAGCGUACACGACGACAUGCCGGCGUGGCCGCCGGGGCACGAGCCCUGCGGCAUGCCGGACUCUGCGACGGCGGCGUCGGAGAAGCGCCACUUCGGGUUGAGGACGGCGCAGGGCCUGGUCGAGUUCGAGUGCGAGAGCAGGAUGCAUAAGCAGGAAUGGGUGGAGUCGGUGAAGAAUCUGCUCCGGCAGGCGGCCGGCGGGACUGCUCAGCUCGAGCACUCCUUCGAGUCGCUCAGGCUUAGCGCCUCGUAAGUCUGAAGGUUGUUUCUUGUUUGUCUUGCCUGCAGCUGUUCCUCGGAAGCCCGUUUGUUUUAGCACAGGGAGCGACCGAGGUGUCCACGUGGAAGAAUAAAAUGUGCAGACCUGUAUGAGUUCCAUGUAAAUAUAAGGUGCACAAUAAUCGGUACAUAGAUCGCUGUGUUAAGAUGUUUUGUUAACAGUA